AUGUGUCCUGGCGGCGGUGGUGGUGAUGGCGGGGGAGUGGUCCCUAGAGAUCCAGAACUCCCAUUCUUCCUCCCAGAACCUAUUUGCUACAAAUUCAGGUGCUAUUGUAUGGAGGAUGGUUCCACAGACUGUGGUCAAGAUCCUUGGGCUGAUGGUUUCUCUGACGAAUAUUCCAAAGAGGAUAUUGAUGUCGCCAGGACCCUAGAUGUUAAUGAAACGAUCUCGGAGCGCGGCUUCCAAGACUUCGAGAAGCGUGCGGGGCGCAGAAGAGGGUUCGGGGUCUUCUUCGUUGACCUAGGAUCUACUCAUCUGGACGAUCCCACCAGAGGAUUGCCAGCUACUAAUAAUGCCUUCAGAUUGGCAGAGGGAUGCACAGCGGUUGACGAAAUAGUGGUCGAGGCAGAUACUCUGAGCAGGCAGACUCGAUUGGAUGGAUGGGAUACUGAACACAAUCCUGACGCCAACUUCCGGGAGGAGGCACAGCGAGAAACCCGCAUAUGGGGAUCUGGUAUUGCGCUCCGAACUCCGAACGAUUACUUCGAAAACAUGUUUGGAUCGCAGGGUUACCGCCCGCCAAUGGCACUCUGCGAGCGCAAGCUCAAUCAAAUGAAAGGUCGUGUUUUCAACUUGCAAAUUGCUACCAACAGCCCCGUGGAUCCCAUUGCAGAAGACACUUUCCAAUCUAUGCUCGACAACUCAAUGGUAAGUACGUUUAGACAGUCGACCAUCCCGGAUCGGUUCUGCACAGUCAUUGGCGUCUUUCAUUACAUUAACCAUCCUUCUGCACGGACAAUUCUCAACCAAAAUAUCAGGGACAUGAGAACCGCUCUGAUAGAGAUCGGGAGAGCUGUUCCGCAGCUGAAUCCGGCUGUUGCCCUGUUCGAUGAUCAGUUUCGAACUGGAAGGGCAGAGGGAUUGGCCAAUUAUACUUAA